AUGCCUGCGGACAUGACCUCCCAGAGAUUGCCAGCCGUGACGCAGCAGCAGUCGAAACCCUCUGAGCCAUCUCGGCCUAAUGAGACUCGAUUUUAUGCUCAAACGAACCGCAAACCUCUGCAAAGAAACUCACCAAUUGUUCCGGUUACCAACCAGGCACCAUUACCUUCCCUGUCUUCUCAUGAUACCGUUGGGCAACAGAUCGAGGGCUCGACUUCGAAGCGGAGGAAGUCGAUUCGGGAUCGAAGUCCAACAAUCGGUGGAUCUGUGUCAUCACGACGCACAACGAUUCACUCCCAUUCGGGCUCACAGACCCAACCUGAAACUUCAUUCCUAAACACGACCGGCAAUCAUACGCCUCCAGAGAGCAGUGAAUUUCUUCCUGCUAUCAAUUUCGAUGAAUUCCAUAACAGAAUCUCCUCCAGAGAGCCGAGUCUAAGUCAUUUUCCCAUGCCAGGGCAACUGAUACCCGACUUUGGAUCCACACCAUCUCCAUCGAAAUCAGCAACACGCUGGUCAACUACCCCAUCUACUACAGCCUCCAAGCCUUCUAGGCCGAGUACGCUUGCCAGAAGACAAAGCAACGCCGCCCAAAAGUCUGAUGUUGAAGGAGUUGGUGUAGGAGGGACUCCUAAUUUAAUGGGGCCACCGCCUACCCCUGCAACUACACGUACGAGACGACAAAGCCAUGCUGCACCUCCAACAUCUUCUGUUGCUGUUUCUAGGCCUCCCCGGAAAUCUAUAGGCCCCGGUGCCUUGGUUGCAUCUCAAACAAAUGGCGAUGAUGGCCUCCCACGAAGGCGUCAGAGUCUUGCAAAAAGAAACGCAACUGGGGAGGUACGGGUCAACACUAAUGUUAACCGUGCAAGCCAUCAACCUACGGAACAGUCUCCCGGCCCAUCGUUCCUGAACACAACCAGAAGCCAGAAAGCAAAGUCAUUGCAAGCUGUUGGUCGCGGGAGCAGGGAUACCCAAAUAACUCCCUCUGGUAGCUCCGAUCAUUCUCGAUCUUCGUCAAACACUGCCAUUCAGACCCCUGGAAAAGGAACUGGAGGCUCGAACACCGCUCUAUCGUCGAAACGAUCCUCAAUCAUGCCUCACCAUCCGACUGGCUUAGGCGCAAGGACUAUUUCGCCUACAGAUGCCAGAAGGAUGAAACGAAUGUCCCUUGUCCCUAACCCGCCGCCAAUACCGCAACGAUCGCCUACCCAACUAGAGCUAAACUCCCCUCGCCCGCGCUCCUCAGCACCAUCACCAUCUAUGAUACCUCGAAAGAGCGUGACCCCUUCAUCUGCCCGCACUACACCGGACCCGCACCGUAAAUCUUACAGCUCAGGGAUAUCACUUUCAUCGAAUACAACAUAUAACUCUGCUCGCAACUCUAGUGGCUCACUGCAAGGAAGGUUUUCGCAGACAGUAUCAUCCUCUAGACUCCCAACUCCUAAGCCGCGAACGGAACAUUCAAGCCAGGAGGAGGAGGAAGUACCGCCGGUUCCCGCUAUCCCCAAAGCAUACGAGUCACCAAAAGGCGAAGCUUCCAUGCCCCCAACAUUUAUUCCUAGACAGGCAAGUAUGCCAUUCGAGCUUGAAGCGCGAAGGCAGGCCUUGAAAGACCCACCUCCUGCAGAAGCUGAAGCACCCUCUACGCCAUCUAAUCAAACUCUGGGAGUCUCCAUGAUGCACCAUGACAGCCGCGCCUUCAGUUCUGAGGUUAAACCGCGAGUUGCUGGUAACCAUGGGAAGAGAAGUCUCCAGCCUCUUAAACUGCCACCGCUUAACUUGAUGCCGUUGAGUGGUCCUGUGGCGAGUAAAAUCAAUGCUCUACGAGACAAGGAGCCAAAGGAGUCUCUUCCUAAUCCUUCCAGCACACCACCUCCUCGACAAACAGUGACAAAAACACCAAGUACUCCUAUGACCGCCUCUAAGACCAAUUUCCCUUCCCAGGGCCUUCAAGAGCCUACGCCAAUACCUAUACAUACAUCUAGAAGUAACAGCUCACAAAUUACACUGCCUUCUCACACCGGCUGUCGUUCCCAAAACAGCUCAAGUGCUCUAGACUUUAUGGGCUUGUCUUCAAAUAGAACUAUAUCGCCUUAUAUCUCUUCAUCCUUGCCUCGAGGAGCUGAGGAAAUGAAUUUUAUUCGUGACAAAGUGGUCUCGAAACCCUCCACCAACAAACUAACUGGUCCGCGGCCGCAAACCCAAAUUUCAACCAUUUCCACUUCAGAUGCCUUUAGCUUCAAGUAUGAGCCCGAUACUAUGGAUCCCAAUCCGAGUCCGACCGUUGUACCACCUUCUCCGCCAAGGAAGGUAAGUCUUGAUCAAGCUAGACACGCCGGAAGCAAUGAUGUGGGAUUAUGCGACAUUCCCAAAUUUGAAAACAUGCCUCCUCCUAAACUUCCAGCUUCAGCAUCAGCCAAUAAUAUAUCGCGAACAAGCCCGGCAUCAAAUAACAACUUCGCGCCUGCAAAACGCAAACAAUCUAUCUCCAACGUGGUUGCUAGCAUUUCCUCGAGAAGGAACAAGAGUUUAACUGGUGAGCCAGGGCCAACAGUGGCAACUCAGCCAUCUAUGGAACUAGCAGAUGAGACGCCGCCGGUUAGAACAUCUUCCUCUAUUUUAAACCCUGUACAGAGACUACUUGGAGGUCCACGACCUGCUCCCCCAUCCGCACCGAAGUCUCGAUCCGAGGAAGGGGAGCUUGAUCGCGAUGACCUUAUAGCUGAAGAGGAGAUGCGAAAACUUGGAAGCAAGCGCAAGGACUUCGAAUCAGCAGCUAGAGAACUUGACGAACUCCGCCGAAGGGCCGGUCCUAAGGAACGGGCAUCUCCUGCUCAGGCUCUAAAAAUUGCGAGUCUCAAUAUAUUUGAACGUGGAGAAAUCAUUGACUACAAGGAUAUCUACUUCUGCGGAACGCACAAGGCGAAGAAGCAUGUUGGUGAUCUUAAUGCUCAGACUGCUAAUUUUGGCUAUGAUGAUGAACGCGGUGACUAUAACAUUGUUAUUGGCGAUCAUAUUGCUUACCGGUACGAAGUUGUGGACGUCCUUGGAAAGGGUAGUUUUGGCCAAGUCGUACGCUGCGUGGAUCAUAAGACGGGUACACUUGUUGCCGUCAAGAUUAUCCGUAAUAAAAAGCGUUUCCACCAACAAGCGUUGGUUGAGGUGAAUAUUCUUCAAAAGCUGAAAGAAUGGGAUCCACAAAACCGCCAUAGCGUUGUCAACUUCACUCAAAGCUUUUAUUUCCGCGGUCACCUUUGCAUAUCUACAGAGUUGUUAGGUAUCAAUCUUUAUGAGUUCAUCAAAGCCCACGAUUUCCGAGGGUUCUCCCUUAAGAUUAUCCGUCGCUUUACUAAACAGAUGUUAAUGUCGUUGGUUCUCCUCCAAAACCACAAAGUUGUGCAUUGUGACAUGAAACCAGAAAACGUUCUUCUCGUACAUCCUCUCCGUGGAGAUAUUAAGGUCAUCGACUUCGGAUCAAGCUGCUUUGAGAACGAGAAGGUAUAUACUUACAUUCAAAGUCGUUUCUACCGCUCUCCAGAAGUUAUUCUUGGCAUGUCAUAUGGAAUGCCGAUUGAUAUGUGGUCUCUCGGAUGUAUCCUUGCGGAGCUAUACACUGGAUACCCACUUUUUCCUGGGGAAAAUGAACAAGAACAACUGGCCUGUAUAAUGGAAAUAUUUGGACCUCCCGAGAAGCACCUUAUCGAGAAAAGCACUAGGAAGAAACUCUUCUUUGAUUCUUCUGGAAAACCUCGUCUCACUGUCUCAUCCAAGGGACGCCGGCGGAAACCGAGCUCAACUGAUCUUCGCCAAGCGCUCAAAUGUGAUAACUCUGUUUUCCUAGAUUUCAUUACUCGCUGUUUAAGAUGGGAUCCUACGCGCAGAAUGACGCCGCGUGACGCUAUGCAACAUGAAUUUAUCACUGGCGUCAAAGCUCCCCAACGCUCUACACGCUCUCAUACGGGAUCUCUGCAUCACUCUCAUUCCCAGUCUCCUGUCAAGAGAUUUGCAUCAACAAGUGCUACCUUAAACGGCCGCCCACUUCCAAACCCUCCUUCAUCUACAACUUCCAAUAGUGAUGGAAUUCGUCUUCGGGAUUCGUCGACCAAUUCUCCCGUCAAGCAUGGUCUAUCCAAACGCCACUCUACCUUCCACCAUACCUCCACAACAAUGACAACCAAUCCGGGGAUGACCCCCAAGCGCGCGUCAAAUAUCCCUCCGUCGGGGAAUUCCGCGUUACCUCGUGUGGCGCCAAGGAAUACCAGUGGAAAGCCAGACCUUGCAGCUGCGGCAGCAACAACCAGCUUGAACUCCGUAACGAAGACCGGAAAAGGUGGGGCCAAACAAGAUUCUUUGCUUUGA